UGUAGCUACUGUAUGAGAUCACCCCCACCUGUGUUGAGAGGAAGCUCCUCUGCCCCAAUAUUUUCCCGGCUACAAAAGGAUUUCGAGCUGCUCCUCUUUGCUCAAUUCUCACAUACAACUUAUCUUACACCUCUUUCCCAAACCUUUAAACAACACAAAUACCGCAAAUAUGGGCUACCCGGAAACCGCUGAGGGCUUCAUGAUCCACGACCACAAGAAGUGGUCUGACUUCAAGAAGGGCGAGUUCAAGCUCAAGAAGUUCGAGGAGCACGAUGUCGACAUUGCCAUUGAGGCUUGUGGUGUCUGCGCUUCCGAUCUUCACACCAUCACUGGAGGUUGGGGUGACGCUCCCCUCCCUCUUUGCGUUGGCCACGAGGUCAUCGGCAAGGUCGUCAAGGUCGGCGACAAGGUCUCAAACUGCAAAGUCGGCGACAGAGUCGGUGUUGGUGCUCAGAUUGGUGCCGACUUGACCUGCGACAACUGCAAGGCUGACCAGGAGAACUACUGCCCCAACUCCAUCGACACCUACGGUGCACCCUACCCUGAUGGCACCAUCUCGCAAGGUGGUUACGCCUCGCACAUCCGUGCAAACGACUACUUCGUCUUCAAGAUCCCCGACAACCUCGAGACCUCGAUCGCCGCUCCCAUGCUCUGCGCUGGUCUGACCGUCUACUCUCCUCUGGUCCGCCUCGGUGCUGGCCCUGGUAAGAAGGUCGGUAUCAUCGGUAUCGGUGGUCUCGGUCACUUCGCCCUCCUCUGGGCCAAGGCUCUUGGUGCUGAGGUCUACGCCAUCUCGCACUCUCCCAGCAAGAAGGAGGAUGCUCUCAAGAUGGGUGCCAAGGAGUUCAUCUGCACCAAGGAGAAGGGUUGGAACGAGCCUUACAAGUUCGCCUUCGACUUCGUCAUCAACACCGCCGACGCCAUUGAUCAGUUCAACUUGGACGACUACUUCAGCACCCUCAAGGUCUGGGGUAAGUUCCACAUGGUCGGAUUCGGUGACAAGCCCAUCCCUACCCUCAUGGCCCAGCAGUUCGCCGGCAACGGUUGCUCGAUUGGAGCCUCUCACAUCGGUAACCGUCCUGAGAUGGAGGCCAUGUUCGAGCUCGCCUCAAAGCAGAACAUCAAGUCCUGGGUCGAGACCAUCGACGUCAGCGAGGAGGGUUGCAAGACUGCUCUUGAGCGUCUUGAGAAGAACGACAUCAAGUACCGCUUCACCCUCGUCAACUUCGACAAGGCCUUCGGCAAGCGCUCUUAGAUGUGCUAUUGAUACGUUUGGAUGACUUACUGUAAUACCUACAUGACCUUCAUGAUGAUGGGAAGAUAUUUGGAAUUGGCCCUUGGCUGGCCAAGGUACCAUUUUGGAAAUAGCUAGAUCACUCUAAAGAGUAGAUAUAGUAGAAACGAUACCCUUCAAGAGAAUCAUUUGAUGCCUUAUCCAUGU